CCCACAUCUCAAAUCCCACCGGCGCCGCCAGAGCGCCGUCGUGGCCGAGCCUAGCCUCCAACCCGCCCAGCUUGCAAACCUCCCCGGGCAACAGGUGCCGGGGAUGGAGCACACCAAACAGUUGUCAGAUGUGCUCUAUCAGCGCUGGUCUGAGGGCCUUCGCAAUCGAUGGCCUGGGAUCUAGAAUUGGCUCUUUGCAAUUUCGUCAACCCCUUGCAUACCGCGAUCUGGAGAUCUCGAAUCCUACGAAUCUCAGCGCGACACAACAUAUUCAUCAUUGUACAAAAGAUUGGGCUCACAUGCGGCGUUGAAAUAUUCGGUCACCUGGCCGCCCGCGGUCUUUUCCUUCAUAUGCGCUGUUACUUUUUCUUUAUUGUCGCAUUAUUCCCCCUCCCUUGGUAUUGUUUGCGCUCUCAUGGCCUGUCAACACACGGGUCUGCUGCUGGUCAACAAAGCCCCAAGGAGACAGUUUCAGACGACGAUAUACCCUAUGCUUGUCUCGUCUGGCGAGAAACCGACCAUGAGGGCACCGUGGCCUCUCUUCGAUAUCUGAUCUCUUUGUGUUUGUGAUCUUUGGUCUACCAACGACUAUAAUUUCCUAUGUACCAAUUGACAGUCGGAUAGGGCUCGGUUUGG